AGUUCCUACCCGGACCUAUAAAUUGACGCACAUUUAAACAUGGCGGCUAACAUAGAGAAAUUUUUUCAGGAUUUUAUACUGAAUAAAAUCAGAGAGAUUGAAGACCAGAAUGAAGACAAAACUUCCCCUGAAGGAGUGGGAGAUGGCACUGAACAGUUCGGAGCAGAACAAGAGUCUUCAGAGAGAGACAAACAGGACAAUUUAAAGUGCAGCGGCUCACCAAAGAAACACAAGAAGCACAAAAAACACAAAAGUAAGAAGAAGAGGAAGUACCGUGAGAAGGAGGAGAGCAGCUCCGAGUCCGGGCCGGAGGAGGACGGAGGAACCAAACUCCAGCCAAGAAAAGGGACGCCAACAGAGGCAGACAAGGAGCAAGGUGAGGAAGACCAGAACAAGUCCAGAGGCCACAAGCGGCACUCAUCGGGGAAGAAGAAGAAGAAAAAAAAGAAAAAGAAAAAAAAGAAGAGAAGCAGGAAAGAUGACGACAACUCCUCAGAUUCAGAAAUGGUGUCCAAGCAGAGGGAAGGGGGUCAAAGCGUGUCACCAAGGCGACGAGUGGAGCUGCCUGAUAUUAUUCCUAAACAGGACAGUUCCAAAAAAGCACUAGGAGGUCAGGAGAGCCUCGGCAGGAGGAGUUCUCGUUCCCGGUCACGCUCACAUUCCCGUUCACAUUCCCGUUCCGUGAGGAGGAACUUCCGCUCCAGACACCACCGGCCCAGAUCCAGGACCAGUCCACACCGCCACAGGACCCGGUCCAG